AUGUCUGAUUUCGAUAACGCGAAGCGUGGCUUCCUGGGAACGGCUGAGCCAUGUACCUUCAAGACUGCGGCUGGUCGGACAGCCUGGGAUACACAGGAGUAUGCAUUUCUGCAGAGUGACUGUCCGGAAACCGUGAAUCCAAAGCUGUGGCGUCAGGGCCAGCUUACCUACCAGCAUGGCCUGUUCGAAGUUACAAAGGGCGUGUACCAAGUGCGUGGCUUCGACCUCUCAAAUAUGACACUGGUGGAAGGAACCAAGGGGGUCAUUGUUAUUGAUCCCUUGGUCUCCAAUGAGUGCGCUGCUGCUGCUCUGUCCCUGUAUAGGAAGCACCGCGGUGGUCGACCGGUCACUGGGCUGAUCUAUUCCCACUCCCAUAUUGACCACUUCGGCGGUGCCACCGGUGUCCUGUCCGCAGGCACAGAGAAUACCAUUCCCAUAGUCGCCCCAGAAGGCUUCAUGGAAGAAGCCACAAGUGAGAAUAUCUACGUUGGACCUGCAAUGCGCCGCCGCGCUAGGUACAUGUACGGCUCGAGUCUACCGAAGAGCGCAGAAGGCCAAGUUGGCUGCGGCUUGGGGCUAGCGACAUCGCAGGGCACCACCUCCCUGAUCCCACCCAACGUCCUAGUCUCAACUACUGGCGAAGAAAUGACCAUAGAUGGAGUCCGCAUUGUCUUCCAAAUGGUCCCCGGAACGGAAGCGCCUUCUGAAUUCAACUUUUAUUUCCCGGAUACUCAGGCCCUGUAUAUCGCCGAAUGCGCUACGCAUAACAUGCACAAUAUCAUCACUCUGCGCGGUGCACUUGUUCGUGAUGCUAAGGCCUGGUCGCGAUACCUGGACGAGAGCAUCGCUCUUUUUGGCGAUAAGUCUGCUGUCCUUUUCGCCGGACACCAUUGGCCAACAUGGGGCCAUGAGGAAAUCAAUCGCAUGAUCUCCGAACAGCGAGACAUGUACUCCUUCAUGCAUGACCAGACGGUCCGUCUAAUGAAUGAUGGUCUGACGGGUGUUGAAAUUGCCGAGAUCCUCAAACUACCUCCGACUCUCGAUAAUGCCUGGCAUUUGCAGGGAUACUACGGCUCUUUGAAUCACAACGUCAAAGCCAUCUACCAACGCUAUAUGACCUGGUUUGACGGUAAUCCCGUUAAUCUGUGGAAGCAUACCCCCGUGGAAGAGGGUAUUCGGUAUAUCUCUUGUAUGGGUGGAAUUGACCAGACAGUGAGCUUGGCAGAGGGCUUUAGUUCUAAGGGUGAUUUGCGUUUCGCUGCUACGUUGCUAGGACAUGUUAUUGCUGCGGACCCUAAGCAUGUUGAAGGGCGCAAGCUACUUGCUUCCGUGUUUACGAAGCUGGGAUAUGGUUGUUUGAAUGCGACUUGGAGAAACUUCUACCUUACUGGAGCUCAGGACUUGCAAACCCCUCACACUGAGAAUCCGUUAUCCGCCAUGGGUACACCCUCACUGGGUCCCCUGUUGACUGUCGAGCAGUGGUUCUCUGGGCUUUCGGUUCAGAUUGAUGGGCCGCGGGCUGCGAACGAGUCGUUUAUUAUCGAUGCUGAGGUUACGGAUCAAAAGGAGACGUGGAGGCUUAUUCUUAGCAAUGGGGCUUUGUCUUACAGAUUGUUAUCUGACAAGGUUGGCUCGUUAGAGAAGGUGGGGUUGCAUUUAAGAGUCACGAAGGCUGAGCUACGGCGGCUUAUUCAGGGCGAGAUUGACGCUGGGUCUCGAACCGUUGGAGGAAAUCCAAAGUUAUUCAAGAGACUUUUGCAGUUCUUCCCAUGGGGAGCUACGGCUGGGGAAAGUCAUUUGUGA